AUGGAAAAUAUUCGAGAGUUGGAGGCGGAGUAUCACACCCUAAAAGCCCGGGAGAUCAUGCCGGGCGUGCAGGGCAUAGACAGUGACAAGUCCGACGGUCCCAAGCCCUGUCAGCAAAGCGAGACGUACCCCAGCAUACGAGUGUCACUGCCCGAGUCGCAAUACCAAGAUGAUGGUGGACAAAGCGGGACGUGCCAUUCACUCUCGAAAAAAAAGCGACCUGAAGAUUUCGACGAUUUAUAUGACGUUACAGACGAGUCAGAUCCUGAGAGUUGCCCAUCCUUGUCUAGCCACGGAGAGACGAGGUCCAAUAGCUCCUUUACCAUUUCGGAUAUUAGUACCAGCAGCAGCUCAACAGGCGACCGUCGAAGAACCUUUCCCACCUUGCGUAUUCCAUCGUCGAACUUCAAGUCGGUCAUGAAGAACUCCCCAGUGCCACCUACUCCACCACCAAAAAUCCCCAUCUCCCCUAUGGCUCUCGCCAAAUUGAACCUCAGUAUUCCAGCGCUUCUUGCAACGCCGUCCCUUGCAGGAAGUUUGAGUGCGGCUUCCGAUCGGCCGUCAACGUUUAGUACACCGCAAACUCCUGACUUGGGUGAUGUCCCGGCUGUUGAUUGGGAUGAACAACAUUUGCGAGUGCACGAGGUGCCGGAGUCGGUAUAUACGUCUGAGCCGUCAACUGCGUCGAUGAGUCCGCAGGUUGAUAUCCAAUUGAAUUCGCCUCAAGAUUGGAGUGCUAUUCUGGGCAACUUUCCGCGAAUUCCAGUCGGCAGACCCGAUAGUCGACCGGCAUCAGAAACCGAUUCGGACCAUCCUCCGUCAGUGGAGAGUUCCAAUAAGGGAGUUCAGCUGCCUGUCAAUGCGCUGGCUGCUCUGCGUCAUUUCGAUAUGAAGUCGGACCCGAGCCAGAGCUCAACGAACUCUGAGGUUGGUGAGUCUGGAGAGAUGCACGAAUGGCCGAGUCACCUGCGUCCAAAGAGCACUAAUGACGCGAUGAGUGCAUCGGCAUAUUCCGGCUCCUCGUUCACCUCACUUAGCCUCCCCUCGCCGGGUGGCUUUUUCGCGUCACUCAAAGGCCAGGCGCGCAGAACUUGGUGUUUCUCAAGUGGUAGCACUCCCACAUCGGCUAUAGCAGAAAGAUUUUAUAAUAUGUCUUGGGAUCCUCGAGAGGAGACAAUCAUUGAACAAGUAGUGGAGCUUGACGAUGACUUUACUGAGGGCCCAUCAACGGCCAGGCCACCAGUAUCAGGACCCUUGACUGCACUGAGAAUUCCAGAGGAGUACACCCAGCCUACAGAGCACAGCCAAACAGAGAGCGAGGAUGGCAAAAGCGAAUAUGAUGCGGCAUAUGCUCGAGAAUUAGAGGCCAAGGCAAUGUCCAACUUCGACCGUACUACCGUUUGGCUGGCAACCCAAUUGGCAUACUGUGAUGGAAGUGGGAAAUUUGGGGCGGAGAUUAUCGAGAAAUCACCUAAAGCUAUCUCCCCCGAAAGGGAUGACAACUUAAGUCUCACCCCUAACCGAAAGAAGUCGGUCAAAUUUCUGGAGACUGUCCCGGAAGAGGUUCAUGAGCCCCCUAGCAAACCUCUACCGAUCCCAGAGUCCAUUUUUUACCUUGGCUUCCAGCACCUAGUUCGCAACUCGCAACAACAAGAUACCUUUCUCCAAAGCAAUCUUCGAUUUGAGGCAAUACAAGCUGGCCGUUUGAGCUCUCCUGUAAAGCAUGCCGAUUGUGUUGCUGGAAAGUACGAACUAAACAAUCCUGUACGACCUCCAUAUCGCGGGCCUUUUUCCCAAUCGCCACGCAAUUCGAAACUUCCCGAAACGCUUAUGGAGAAAGCCAUGUACUCGAACAUAGAAAAAGAGCAGGAUGUUUUGAUACAACUGCAAGCUUCGACGUGGGCCAUCGAAGCAUUAAAAUUUCUCAACGGUGGCCCCCUGGUACCCAGUCCCGCGGCUAAAAGGCUGUCAAAAGCUCCUCCAAUAAUCCAAGCUAAGGAGUCUGGGAAGUCACGAGUCAGAGUUCUUGAUCUGGGCGGCCAAACGGCAUGCGAAUGGGCAUGGCAUCUUUCAACAGAGUACCCGAACGUUAAGAUAUACACGGCUGUCACAAAAGAGCAGGCCGUCAGCCCAGUGAGUGGCCCUGCUAAUCACACCCAUAUCACAGUGCCUCAGCUCUGGAAACUUCCGUUCAAAGAUAAUCAAUUCGACCUAAUUUCCGCCCGGUCUCUGCAUUUAUUCCUAAAAUCGUCUAGAACCCCUGGUUCAGAAACCAUGGAUGAAGUCGACAUGUGUCUCAAAGAAUGUUUCCGCUGCCUGAAGCCUGGUGGGUAUAUUGAGUUCUUCCUCAUGGACUCUGAGAUUGUUCGUGCUGGGACAUUUGGCUCCGCAACUUCUGUGGAGUUCGGAUUCAAUCUAAAGACUAGGGGCUAUGACCCUGCACCCACCAAGCCCUUCCUAUCGAGACUUCGAAAAGCGAGAUUUCGGGAUAUAAAACGAGCCUGGCUAUUCCUGCCGAUGGGCUCCCCUUAUAGUGAUGAUACCCAGAUACCAGGAUCCAGUAAACCCUCGCCAACGGAUCCUGAGGGCAUAGUGGGAAGCACUGCAGAUAUCGCUAGCACUACUGGCCUCCUUGGAGGCUGGAUGUGGGAGCAGUGGAUGCUGAAGCUUCAGGUGGAGAUGGGGCGUGACAGCAGCAGGCUACUCGAAGAAACUGCAGCAGUGAUCGAUGAGGGGAGGAAAUGCGGUGCUGGCUGGAGGUGUCUGUGUGGUUGGGCUAUGAAGCCGAAACAGCAACGGCGGGAAUAG